CGUUCCUUUUGAAUGAUUUCACUGCGCUCUGCCUGCCCAGCUCGUUUCGCAGCCGCAGCCUGCAGGAGGAGGCAGGAAUCAUGGUGUAAGGGGCUGGCUGGGGCGGGGGUGCAGCCAGGGGCGAGAGCGAACCGAGCGCCCUGCCCGUUUCAUGGCAGCCGGGGGAGCUGGCAGCGCAGCAGCGGGGCCAAGUUGUGCUCGCCGAGGGCGGCCCAUGGCAGCCCAGCGGCUGCGGGGGUGUUAAGGGCGCUGCGUCCGUCCCCCUGCCCGGCUCGCCCCGCAGCCCCCCUCGCUGCGUUGCCCCGCCGGACGGGGACGGGGACGGGAGGCGCCGCUCCCGGCCGGCCGCGAUGGCUCUGGCUAUGGAGGAGGAGGAGUACGCCAAGCUGGUGAUGGAGUCGGAGCCGGAGUGGCUGCGGAGCGAGCUCAAGCGGCUCUCCCAGGAGCUGGGCGAGACCACCCGGGAGAAGAUCCAGGCGGCGGAGUACGGGCUGGCCGUGCUGGAGGAGAAGCAGCAGCUCAAGCAGCAGUACGAGGAGCUGGAGGCGGAGUACGAGACCAUCCGCACGGAGAUGGAGCAGCUGAAGGAGGCUUUUGGGCAGGCUCAUACCAACCACAAGAAGGUAGCAGCCGAUGGAGAGAGCAGGGAGGAGACCUUGAUUCAGGAGUCUGCUACCAAAGAAGAGUACUACAUGAAAAAAGUAAUGGAGCUGCAGACUGAGCUAAAGCAGCUGAAGAAUGUCCUUGCCAACACCCAGUCUGAAAAUGAACGCCUUAAUUCUGUCGCACAGGAGCUGAAAGAGCUCAAUCAGAAUGUGGAGACCCAGAGAGCCCGCUUGCGAGAUGACAUCAAGGAAUAUAAAUUCAGAGAAGCUCGUUUGCUGCAAGACUACACUGAGCUCGAGGAGGAGAACAUCUGCCUUCAGAAACAAGUGUCUGUCCUCAAGCAAAACCAGGUGGAGUUUGAAGGCCUAAAACAUGAAAUCAAAAGGCUUGAAGAGGAAACAGAAUUUCUCAACAGCCAGUUGGAAGAUGCUAUACGGUUGAAAGAGAUCUCAGAACGCCAACUUGAGGAGGCCUUAGAGACCCUGAAGACUGAGCGUGAGCAGAAGAACAACCUUCGUAAGGAGCUCUCUCAUUACAUGAACAUCAAUGACUCUAUGUACACCAGCCACCUGAACAUCUCUUUGGAUGGACUGAAGUUCAGCGAUGAAACCACAGAGCCCAAUAACGAUGAAAUCAUGAAUGGCUUUGAACAGAACUGCCUCAGCAAAAUUAGCAAUGGCAAGAAUAAUACAUCCACUCCCAAGAAAAAUGACAGCUUCCCUCCAGCCCCAAGCCUGGUCUCAGAUCUUCUGAGCGAGCUAAAUAUAUCAGAAAUCCAGAAGUUGAAACAACAGCUUGUGCAGAUGGAAAGAGAAAAAGUUAAUUUGUUAUCUACACUCCAAGAGUCUCAGAAACAGCUGGAGAACACCCGGGGAGCCCUUUCAGAGCAGCAUGAGAAAGUUGGCAGGCUCACAGAGAACCUUAAUGCAAUGAAAAAACUCCAAGUCAGCAAGGAACGUCAGUCUGCUCUUGACAAUGAGAAGGAGCGUGACAGCCAUGAAGAUGGAGAUUAUUACGAAGUUGACAUCAAUGGGCCAGAGAUCCUAGAAUGCAAGUACAAAGUGGCCGUGGCAGAGAUUGGUGACCUAAAAGAAGAGCUUAAAGUCCUUAAGGGCAAAUAUGAAGAGUGUGAGUCUAAAUAUGAGGAGGAGAAAAACAGAUAUGAGACUGAAAGCCAAGCUCUUACUGAAAAGAUCACCUUGUUAGAAAAAUCUAAUAGGCAAGAUAGAGAACAGGUAGCCAGACUGGAGAAGGAGCUGAAGAAAGUAAGCGACGUUGCUGGAGAAACACAGGGCAGUCUCAGUGUAGCCCAAGAUGAACUAGUCACGUUCAGUGAGGAGCUAGCCAAUUUGUAUCACCACGUCUGCAUGUGCAACAAUGAAACUCCAAACAGGGUGAUGCUGGAUUAUUACAAAGAGGGUAAAGGAGGACGCAGCAGCCCAGAGGGCAAAGGUCGAAGGUCACCGAUCCUGCUCUCUAAAGGGCUGCUAUCAAUAGACCUAGGAAAGGCAGAGAAUGGAAGUGGUGACAGUAGUCCAUCUCCAGUGUCAUCCCUCCCAUCUCCUGUGUCAGAUCCUCGGAAGGAACCCAUGAACAUUUACAACUUGAUCGCUAUAAUUCGCGAUCAGAUCAAACACCUACAAGCUGCGGUGGACAGAACAACCGAGUUGUCCAGGCAGCGUGUUGCCACCCAAGAACUUGGGCCAGUAGUGGACAAAGACAAGGAAGCUUUCAUGGAGGAAAUCCUGAAGCUGAAGUCCCUGCUAAGCACCAAGAGAGAACAGAUAGCAACCCUGAGAACUGUGCUAAAGGCCAACAAACAGACUGCAGAGGUAGCCCUUGCCAACUUAAAAAGCAAGUAUGAAAAUGAGAAAGCUAUGGUUACGGAGACAAUGAUGAAGCUGCGUAACGAGCUGAAGGCUUUAAAAGAAGAUGCUGCUACCUUCUCUUCUCUGAGAGCAAUGUUUGCUACAAGAUGUGACGAAUAUGUCACACAGCUGGAUGAAAUGCAACGCCAGCUCGCAGCAGCUGAGGAUGAGAAGAAGACUCUGAACUCCUUGCUUCGUAUGGCAAUCCAGCAAAAACUGGCACUGACCCAGCGCCUGGAGCAUCUGGAGCUUGACCAUGAGCAGUCCAAAAGGGUGCGCACUAAAUCUGCUUCCAAAGCCAGGACCAGUAACCCGAGUGUAAGUCAUAUCCGGUCCUGUGGAGACACAUCUGAGGGGUCUGUCCUUAACAACCAGGUGUUUUGUGAGAAGUAUAAGAUCUAUUGUGACUAGAAGAGGCAUGUAGGAAAUCAUAUUAUGCAUCUAAUUUUUAUGCUGUGAUUGUCAGCAUAAAUCCCCACUAUCUAAUGUUGCGGUGAGUUGACUUGUACUAGUAUGUUGUUAAACCAUGUAAUACAAAUGGUAUUAUGGUGGUCUUAACUGUAACUAAUUCAUACGUAUGGAGAUCUUAUUAACAAGUUAAUAGUGGAAAAGAACUUUUGUUUCCACGGUUAACAUGUAUGGUUUUGCUGUUUAUGGGUAAGUGUUAAAAGUUUAUACCUGAUAUACUACAUCUGGUGUUACUAACUGUAGUUUGAUUAGCACAAAUGUGAACCUUUCCCCAGGGUUACAGCAUCCUUCAAAUAAUAAUUAAAAAAAAAGACUUUCACAGGAAAAAGCAAACCUAAAAUCUCCUUGUUAAUCUGUUUGAAAAGUGGUGAAAUGCAACACUGGAAAUUAGAUGUGUAACAUGGAAAUGCAGAACAUUUCAAAACCAGUACCAAAACUAGAUUUGCCCGCUGUGGCACUCAUCAGAAAUUUUCUGCCAUAUCACCACUGACCAAAGUCCCAAAAGGCUUUUAUAAGCUAUAAAGGUUGGAGAAAUAUAGGAUACAUUCUGAAACUCUGCUUUCUUCUCUACUUCAGAGGGUUAACCUAAAGAAACUUGCACAUUUAUAGUCUAUUAAAAAUAUGCAAUAUUACCCCAUCUGGAAUAAAAUUAAAAAUUAAAAAUAUUAGGAUCCUAACUAGUAUGCAGUUUCACAUUAAAGUUAUGCUGUGAAAAAGUGUCAUGUAUGGAAAGGAUGUUUGUGGUCUCAUGUUGCUUUUUGCAGCAUAACAGUUUGGAAAGAAGGUGUUUUUACAUAUUACUAUAGCCACACCAUAUCUGUACAGAAUUUAUAUGACUGUGUUCUACUAUUUUUAAGUCACAAUACAGUUUUUCUCAGCUCUCAGUAUUAAUCUUAAUGGGAUAGUGUUUCAGAGCUCUGUUUGUUUGUGGGUUUUUUUAAUAUAAAAAAAAAUUGCAUUCCUUAUGCAAGCACACCUUUCACAGGGCUCUACAUUAUAGGCACAGGAAAUUUAACCCGUUCAUCUUGUUAAUAAAUAUUAAUGAAGUAGGUUAGCAUAUGUAUUAAUCUUAAAAAAAAAUACUUUGUCUGCUAUUGGACUUUUAAGGGGCCUUUUUAGCCACUUAAUUUCAAUAUGUUUGAUAACAUAAAAAAGUGUACUUCAUAAUUGGUGCCUAUACAAGUGAUAAAUAUACAAGAUUGAAAAAUGUUGCUUUUAAAAUUGUGGAAAAUUUGUGGAGCACAAUAAGGCACAUUUUUUUAAAAACAAAAGUUUUUAAAGUGCCUAGCCUCAAACUUUAUUUUAAUGUAAAGCCCUGUUCAUUUUGUACUUUUUCAAAUAAUUUUGUAUGCUUAUAGUAUUAACUAAAAGUAAUCCAAGACUGCACAGUUGUCUGCUGAUAGUGAUGUUUUCUAAAACCAUUCUAAUGAUCCUGGUGUAGUACUGCCUCAUUUCACUACCAUUUCUUAUAGAUGGUCAGCAGCUUGCUUCUUGUGUAUCGCCGCUCUGCCUAUAAGUAGUCAGGAGAUAUCACAAUAUAAAUAUAAAGUAAUAAGGAGCACAGCCUGCUUUUCCAAUGGAGGGAAAACAUAGUCUUUGGUUUCUGAGAGAUUUUUAAAAAAUGCUUCUAAAAUCCACACAAGUAAAUUGUGAAGAAAUCUGACAUCAGAGUUAUGAAAAAUCUUGUUUUAAAAGAAAUAUUUGAAUGUGGCAUCCUUAAAUUUGGGGCCAGAAUCACAUUUGCCAAUUUUAAAGAGUGGAUUUUCCAAGUCUAGUCUAUUGCCCAAUUACCUGUGUACAUGAGAUGUUUAAAAAGACAGUAAUUGUGGCCCUAAAAGCAGGCCCCUGUGCAUCAAUUAUUACUUCAUUUUUAGAAAACACUGUAUUCUCCUGAAUUUGAGCUUUAAUAUUGCUAUGUAGCAGGUUUGAUAUUUUUAGAAGCAAAAUACCUUUGAACAAUUUUCAAGCCUGCUUUUCUCUUCUUUGCUGCACAAUCCUCCAAAAGGCCUUUAUAUUCUUCUCAUUUUUGCAUUGUGGGUAAUUAUAAAGAAUGCCUUGUAAAAGUAAGCAUUUAGAUUACUAACUCAUUUUGCUCCAUUAGAAGUAGCUAUCAUUUUGUUUCCACUUUGGUAGGAAGCUGUUAAUACAAUUUGUAUUGCUUCCCUGUCUCUAGUGGAAGUAUUGUCACAACAUAGUAAUUCUAGAAAAGGUACAUUUAAGAAACUACAUGCAUUGAUUAGUUUUAAAGUCAAUUGAAACUUUAUAGGAAGAUUUCAGUGUUAUCAGAAGGUGACUAUUACUAUCAAUAUUGGCUCAUAUUGUCAUUACAAAAUAUGAAUAGUUUUGCUACAUCACAACCAGCUUAGUAAUCCUUUCCAUUUUUAUUCAUCUCUGACUCUUAAGAUAAAAAACAGUGUAUGUUUUAAAACCUGAUCUAAAGAGAAAUGAGCAACGGUACAUAAAAGUGACCUGUUCCUGCUGUGUGUAUGUUUAGAUUAAUAUAUUUAAGAUUAUGGGGGCUUGUACUUUUGUGAAACAAAUCUCUUGAAACUUACCUAUGCUAUGUUAAGUCUUUCAUUUCCCUUUCAAUGGGUUGGGAUUUAGCUUGGAAAACUUAUUAAGCCAUCACUACCUCUUCAAGCAGGCUCUUCUUUUGAAUGAUUACUGUUCUCUGCAUUGGCCUGCAUGAUAUACUGACCUGCAUGUCUUUGGAGAAUCUAAAUCUUCAUUGAUAAUGGCUUUCGCAUACUCACUGCUGUAUCUUUUGCUCAAACAGUAUAGCUUUAUUCAGUACUUGUAAGAAAUCUUCCUGCAAAGCUGUUGCUUCUGAGCAGUACUCAUGUAAAGCAUUGUUCAUUAGCUUGGAAAGCACAUGCCAACUAAAGUGACUGCCUCUACCUUGGGAAACUAACAGAUGCCCCUCAACUGACUAACCUGCUAUGGAGAUCUUGCAGUGCACUCUGUAUUAAGUCAGUUCUUUAACUGAUGAAUGAGUACCAAUUUUUCUAAUGUUAUUCUGUUUUCCAUUUUUCAGCUUUAGAGUAGUUCCUGGAGAAUGCCUUUCCAACAGUGCAACAGUAUUUCUUAGCCUGCCUCGUUAUGGUAAACAGUGGUAGCCUGUUGCACAAAGAAUGGAAACCACUGACCUGAUCCUAGAUUGUUGGGUUUUUUUAAAAACAACUUUUUCCACUAUACUACCUGCAAUUUUACUUUUAUGUCUCAAGUUAUAAAACAAACAAGCUUUACCUAUAAGUGCUGCUGCAGGAAGAAAACUUACAAGUGCUGAAGAAACCUACUUUGAACGUAAUGCUCACCAUAUUACUUUAUGAUCUACUAGAAAUGUUCAGAUGGGGGAAUUUUUCUUAUUUCAUUGCAGAUAUUCAUUUUUUUUAUCUGAUUGUUAAACCUGUGCACUUUUGAUAUUUUGAUAUUUUACUUUAGCUUCUUUUAAUUCCUUAUGUAGAAGAGUUUAUAUAAAAGGCAGUGGUUUGUGCUCAUAGUCUCUCUCCCCAUUUUGGGCUUGUGCUUGUUGAUUUUCUACAUCAGCAUGUGGCAGAGAUUUGGACUAUUUUUGAUUUUUGCUCUAGACCGUGUUUAGAAAAAGAGUUUCAAGACACAAACCAGGAGCUCUGCUAAACUAUAUAUGUGCUGUGCUUCCGCAGCUUUUUUUAUUAUUAUAAAAUGUUAAGCUUUAUGUGUUAAAAUGACUGAUUUUUAACUGCCAUGUUCAUUAAGAAAUCCAGGGUAUUCAAAUUCUGGGGUUUUUUUCAUAUUGUAUUAUUAUUCUUAGGAAUAGUUCAAUGUAACAAGAAGAAAACUUGACUUUGCUCUAGUUAAAACAGUAAUAGGCACUUGAAAAAUAUUAAAUAAGUAGUGUUACCUAUAAAUUCCAGAAUUUCUGGGUUUUAGGAAGGUGUGAAGUAUUAUUGAUUAACAGAAUUUUAUACAACUGUAUGGUUUAAAUUCCAAAUUGGAAUUGUUUUGUUGUUACUUCAUUUUAUUGUGCCAAAUUAUGGUACAUUUAGAAAGAAAAAUUCUAAAGUUGUCAAUGAAUAGGGUGUUCUAUUUCAGCGCCUUUUUGUCAUUAAUUAUUGCCAGUAGUGCCUUUAAUAAUUUAAGUGAGAAUCCUAGAAUAGCUUAGUCUAUACAAGAAGAAAUGAACAGUUGUUUUGGAACUUAGUAAAGAUGUGGAGCAAUAAGUGCAAAGCAAACUCCCCUUUCGCACAUUUUUAAUGGGUAGUCUUAAUAUAGAGAUUAUAUAUACACAAGAAAUUGUAAAAAAUACUGUUAGUCAAUGAUACUUCAUCAUGCAGAUCCUUGCAAAUUCAGGGGUAUAGAAAAAAAAAUAACAAACCCAAAUACACUUUGGGAACCAAAUGGACUUUUAUUGAACAAAUGAGCAAGAUGUAUUAACACAUUUGUGGCUGCAGUACAGAGGAUGUAUUGGGAACAUUAAUGUUCUGUUAGCUGUGUAUGGUGGUGGAUACAGUUUAACCAUAGUAUUGUUUGGAAAUGUGAAAGACAAGACAUUAAUACCUACUCUUGCAUGUUGUAUCUAAUCAUUGUAAUUUCAGGAAACAGAAAGUGAAAAGAGCAUCAACAAGCUGUACCUACCUGCCUUGGUGCUGUUUGUUGAGGCUAGUGUGAAUCAUUAAAUUGGUACUUGGGGGAGGGGGAGGGGGAGGACUUCCCUCCCUCAAAAAAAAGUACAAAUUGUAAUAAUAUUGUCAGUGGGGAAAAGAUUUCUGUUUGCUGGAAGAAGCAUUAUUAUUCCUAGAUGUGGGGACUUCUUAUAUUUUCAUCUUCUGUUACAGUAUUGAUUCAUAAGAAAUAUUGUUACAUUUAAAAAUUACUACAUUUGUACAUGGGUAUUUAUUUGAAAUGAUGUCAAAGUACUGUAUUAUGUUUUAUGUGCAUUACCUUUUAGUGGUGGAUUGGUCUCCAUUUAAUGUCAUAUGCAUGUACUCUUGCCAAGUAGCCUUUACACAGAUCUGAAAAAGUAAAUGUCAUUGGUUAAAAGAAAAUGGUGGAAAACUGAUUCUUAAGGUAUAACUGUGUGUUAAUUUGAUAACUUUAGGAGGCAUAGGGGGCAAAAUGUUACUUCCAAAUUAAUACAAAAAGUGUGUGUAAUGUAGGAAAGCAAUCUGCCUGUGUAAAGGUAGUCGCAUUGGCAGUAUCAAUAAAAGAGAAAAGGAGAUCUCU